AUGGAAAGAACAAGAUAUGCAUAUGAAAAGUAUCGUGAAGUUAGAAGUCAAAUUACAUCUGGUCGAACCUUUACAGUAAACUUUGACGAAGGAAAGAACAAAGAAGGCUUCAUGGGAGUACUUGCUGCAAUUCAAGACGGAAAUAAGAAAGGACACAAUCUCAGAUUGACCAUAACAGAUUUGGAUGGUCACAUUUACUAUGCACAUGGCAAUGAACAAACAGCCGCAAAACUUCUUGACGCUUUCAAGACUACAAAGAGAGAACAAAUGGUUGACUCCGACUCAGACAUUUUGAAUGCAAUUGAAGGAAUUGCAAGUGUCAAGUUCGAAUGGUACCAACCUAACCCUCAAGCAGUCAGACAACAUGCUGGAUACUUCCCCUUCAUAAAUAAGUCUGACAUUGACUUGACAAGGUAUGGAAUUUACAAUUCAAUUGAAACAAUUGUCAAUGAACCUUGCAUUCUUACAUGUCUCAGGAACUCUGGUCUUGUUACAGAUGAGAAGAUGAAGUAUCUUGAGUCAUGUGUGAAGACAAGGUACAUUCUCAGAGGUCAAUUGGCAAAAAUUGCACCGUUGGCAAAUGUCAAUAUCCGAGUCAACAUACCUACAGCUAAAGGUUCUUCACAUGACGACUAUGUUGUUGAGUUCAAUUUACCAUGGUUGAAGAUUGUAAUUGUCCACAACCACUUCAUGUUGAACGAAAGUCUUACAAACCCAUUCUUUGGUAAAAGUAAGUGCAACAUUGUCAGAGCUGUCAACAUUCUUUUCAAGAAAGGUUUGUUGGAACCAAUUCCAGAUGACAAGCUGACAGAAACUUUUGUACCAAAAGACGAAACAAACUUUUCAUUGUUAGCAAGACCAAAAGUUGUUCCAGACAAAUUUCUAGUACAAAAGAAGUACACGGUUCCACAAGGGGUUGGUAUGUUCGGAUACCAACCUGAACCAGAAGAACUUCCAAUGAGGUUGCAAGAACUUCAAGAUACUAUAAACAAACUUCCAUUGAGACAUCCAAUUGACAUCAAAUUGUAUUGGAGAGCAUCUGAGUUAGGUCAGAAG